CCCCUACCCCAACAUCUACUUAAUCUUUCAAAAACCACCUCAUACUAUAAUCCUCAAAACCUUUUUUUCUCAUCACUUUAUUCUAUUCUAUCUCCACCUUUCACACACAUCCACUAUAUCACUAUGUCCUUCCCAACACUUCCCAACUCCUUAAACUUUAGAUUCCCCUUCUCAACCUUCAACUUGGUCCUUGAGCUCGAUUUCUCCUUCAAUCUCUUGCCUAUUUUCGAAGCCUUUUGGAUCGAUCUCGACGAUCUCCUCCCGUAAUUCUAUUCAUCAAUAAUAAAAUGGAUCCAACUCCCUUCACAAGCCAAGCCCCACCACCCUUCUCUUCUUCUUCUUCUUCCCCAUCCACCUCUAACUUCCGGAUCUCCGUUGCCAUCGCGGUGGGCUUUGCCGCAACCUCUAUCGUCCUCAUCGGCUACUACGUCAUUGUAGUCAAGUUUUGGCUCCACAGCCGCCAACCAAAUCGACAAAACCACGACCCACCUCGGAUAUUCUUUGCAGAAGAUGAUGAAAGACGGGGCGUCGAACAAUCGAUCAUCCGAUCGAUCCCCAUAGUCAAGUUCACGAACGUUGAGGAGUACGUCGAUAAGGAGAAGAGGUCCUUCCACGAGUGCGCAAUCUGUUUGAUCGAGUUCCGCAAGGGGGAGAGCCUCAAACUCCUCCCAAGUUGCCGCCACGCAUUCCACAUAGAUUGCAUAGAUACAUGGCUUCAAAACAAUGGCAAUUGCCCUAUGUGUAGGACAGGUAUCACAAGCCCAUGUAGUACUCCUCUAGUUGAUUGCAGCAGCAACAACAACAACAACAGCAACAACAACAACAACAACUAUGUUGGUUGUGACAAUACAAUACAAUCCUCUCAAACCCUAGAGAUGAUCAUAAGUGGUGAAACAGUGAUAGAGGAGACAGAAUAUAAUGGAAGGAGUGGUCAAAACCUAAGUGGUGAGCAGCAACACAUUAGGAGAUCAUUCUCUAUGGACUUUUUUCAUGAUAGGAAGCUCACUUCUCUAGCUAGUAAUAGCAAUAACAGUGGCGGCGGCGAUGGCGGGAGCGGAAGGUUUCGGCGUCUGUUCCACUCAUUUGCUCUCGGUCGGAGCUCGAGAAGCGCGGUGCUUCCGAUUCGGAUUGAUGAAUAGCAUGUGGGGUUUUCCCUUCCUUUUUCUUUUCCUUGUAACAUUUGGUGUUGUUCUUGUUGUUAAUCGAUUGAUGAUGAGAGUGAUGAUGGUAGCAAUAUGUAUAUACAACACUGUUUGUUAAUUAGGUGGUGGGUUAGAGUUUGGAUACUGAGUAGUUUAUUAGUUGAUCAGAUGACUUAUUCAGUUGUUGUUUUGUUUGUGAGCAUAAUUAGUCAUUAGUAAUUGCAUCACAUAACUUAAUUAGUUGAGAAAUUGGCUUUUUUGGCA